GUGUGCUGACACUUGACUCCUGUGGGGGGGCCUGCGUCUGACUGACCCUUACACAAAGGUAGCAUCCUUCAAAUUGAUUUUAUGAAGUAAAUCCAAAUACAUCAGAACGUUGGAACCAAACCCUUUUUUGCAAAGGUAGCUUGGAAAGUCAUUACACAUCCGUGCUUAUACAUUCAUACAAAUCUAUAAAGGCAGGCCUUGGGACAUGACAUUAUUAUCUGAUGUGAGUAUCUGGAUUGUGUAUACUUUGACUGUAUUUUGUAAAAGUUGGUUGUUUGUGUACAUUAUGUAUUUUGAUUGUGUAUUGUAUAUGAUAUACAUCUUAUAGAACUCACAUCAUUCAGGAUAUUUCUUGUCAUAUAUACUGUGUGUUGGUAUACUUGUUUACUCUGUUUUGUAAUUAUUUUGAUUUGGUAUAUUGUAUAUUUAGAUGGUGUAUUGUACAUAAUGGCUAAUUAUACAUUGCUCAGGAUGUUUUGUUGACAUUGACUUUCAAGCUAACGAACACAUACUGUAUUGCAGUGGUGGGAAAAUGGUUCUGUCUACAAAAGGAAGAAGACGAGCACAAGAUAUUCAUGUCAUUUACAUGUUUGGUUAUUUUCAAUAUUUUAUUAUCAUUUGGACUUUUUUCUGCCACAAGGUCUUAAAGUAAACUUAUCUUACACUUUCAAGUGUUGCUGGAGACUCUACCGCUUUAGACCUAUUUUCUCUUCUUUGUACACCUAAGAAGAUGAUGAAGUGGGCCAGAGACCCCCUACUCUGCUUUCAUAGUAUUUCACAAGAUCACAAGUUCAGAUCAUCAGGAUGCACAAGUAUAUGAGAAUUGAUACAUUGUGCCAUCUGCUUAAUUUGAAAAAGACAAUUUUGGGGGUAAAAUUUAAUAAAAAUGUUAUUUUAAAAAAAAGCAAAAAGCAAUCAUCACAUUUCAGCACUGGGUCAGUGAUGUAACUAUUCAAUAAUAGUGGUAGUCUACAACAUAGACCUAUAUACAUAGACGCCUCAUUGAACGCUGGACCGUGCGUCAGCAUGAUUAUAAACGUUAACUACUCCUUAUAUGUUUAGCAUACAGGUCGGCACCAAACCCACAGAUGUAUUUUUAUGAUGUUUUUAGGAGUGCUUACAGUUACCAAUGUAUGUAACGCUGCUACUGUGAUGAUAAAUGACAGUUAAGCUGACUGCACAAUAUAUGAAUCAGAAUCAGAAAAUAUUUAUAAUAGUAGCCAACUGCAACUUUACUUUUUUUUAGUCAUGAAAUGUUACUGUAUACAGAUCAUAUUUUAUAAUGUUCUGUCAUGGAGUACAUCACUUCACUGCUAAAAGAAAAGAAGGUAGGCUCGCUGCCAGUUGCAGAAUUUUAUCUCUAUUUUCAGACUUUGUUAAUUUUUUUUGUCUCCAUGAUUGUUAUUAUUAGUACUUAGAUCAUUAAAAAUCACUGUAUUUAUAGAAAUGAUUGAUCAGUAACAUGUAAAUGUUGGUGCUUUUAAUUCCAACAGAUGUCACAUUUACAUUUGACUGAUUUGUCAUCACAGUAGCAGCAUAAUAUACAUUGGUGGCUGUAAACGGUCACCAAAAACAUUAUAAAAACAAAUGAGUGAAAUUAUUGUUGAGUUGUCAUCUUCACUUUUCCAAGACUUAAUACAUGUGACAAAGGAAAGUACCUGGAUAGUACUCUUAUGUUAACAUUUAGCUCAAAGCAUCAUUGUGCUUAAAUAUGGCCUCACAGUCAGAGCUGCAAGCGUAGCUGCUGACCAGACAUGUUGAAACUUCUACUGGAGGUUUCUGAGCAACAACAAAAAAGACAGAAACUUUAAUCUUAGUAAGGGAUGACCUGUUGUUAGGUGUGACACAUUCUUUCAACAGAUGUGAUUGGUUGAUUUAAAAAAACCCAAAACAUAUGAAAUGUACUUCUAAUGAUAAUGGACAGGAAAUGGACAGUGAAAUUGAUCUAUAUCAUAGAAUUCAGUCUCUAUUCAGAUGUGGUGUAGUAAUGACUAUUAUUUAUUUUAUACAAAGAGUAUCUCUGUUGAUUAACAGGUAAGACAUACUCUAAAGAAACCUAUAAAUGUUUGAAAACAUAGGCAUACCUGUAUAAAAGUCUAUUGAUAUGCUAAUUGUCGUGUCCUCACAUGUAUUUACUAUGAAGGUAACUUUAGGAUGCCAGCUAGUCUAUUUGAUAACAAGUGUAAAACAAAUUUUAAGGGAGCACACCAGUGAGGAGUGAUAACAAGUUGGAGACAACAAUUGUUUUGUUACUGUUUGUGUGAUUGAUCCCCAAAGUUAAUAUACAUAUAUUUAUCUAUUUUUGCAAUUGUCAGAUAUCUCAGUGUUGUGAUCUAAUCACUGAUGUUAGACCACUGCAUUGGGUUUGAGAUAUGAGGCUGCCUCUAUUGAGAUCAACCAACAUUAUCCUUGCAUGAUCUAAACCGUAGUUUCAUUCAGUAUUUGGACAAUAUCUGUCCUUCCUAUUUGUCUUUCCACUGUGUAAUUAAAGUCAUCCUGCCUACUAAUAACAGAUGUUCAUCUUUAAAGGUCUUUUGAGAGCUGAGAUGCUUUGUGAAUAACCUUUUUCCUCUCGUGGAGCUAUAUUACAUUUCAGCCAUUGCAGCUGUGUCACACCUGCCACUUGAGGUGAUCUACUGGGCUGAUUCCAAAACAUUUGGUGAGUGUAAAUCUUUUACAGGCCAAAACAUAUAUGCCCCAGUUUUAAGAAUAUCAGAAUUUCCUUGUAAGUUUUUUGUUAUUACUUCACAAUAAUAUUAGGCUACUAAAAGGAACAAUUUGUAAGGUAUGGACAUCAUUUCAGAACAGUAUGUGGUGAUGAAACACAAGUGUUGGUGUUAUGUCAAAGACAUCAGUCUGUGUAAAUCUGCUGUAAAUCACCUCUGUACUAUAUCUUCUGUCUUCAAACGGACCUCAAUUGAUGUUGGAGGCUGGGUUUAGUUCCAGUUCAGUGUCCAGCCAAGUUCACCCUCAUGUCAGGCCACCAGUUACAGUGAGCAGUGCCCCGUCGCCAGAGGUGACUGCCCCCGUUAUCUAGGUCUUGGUCCAGGCAAACUCUCAGUUUCUCUCAAUCCUGCCUCUUGUCUUGUGAGAAACUGCAUUUGGGUCCACCUCCUAUUUCCUUAGUCUUCCCCUUUAAACCCCAGCCUGACAAAAUUCAUUCUGAUGCUAAGUGUUUCCAGCACACCACACAGGUGCAGGUGAAGGCAGAGGAAGGCUGUCUUCAAGUACAUCAUGGAAAUAUCAGAAUCACUGGAAAACACUAACCUACAGUAUAUUCUUUGGCAGAAAUAGGCACAUCAAAUGAGCCUUAGAAAUAAAUUAACAUAGGUUGUUUCAGUAGGGAUAUUCUCCUCAGUUGUCUGUCUUAUCUUAAGUUAUAAUACAUUGCAAAGUAAACGAUCAGUCGAAUGGUUUCUUAAGUUGUGAGAAAAACAACUUUCAUAGCCCAGCCUUUAUAACCGACUCCUCAAGACUCAACUCCCGCAAACAGUGAUUAAGACAGAUAUUAAACCAACUCAUCUUUGGUCAUACACUUAUUCAACACAGGCUUUGUUGUCAUGUUUCUGACAUUUGGUUCGAACAACAAAUCAUUGCUGUGGCCUAUGUUGGCUAUCCAUCACACCUGGCUGUGGCUUAAGUCAUCCUGGUCACCUGCCAGAGCCUUCUCUUCCUCCUCCUCCUCCUCUUCUUCCUCCUCCUCCUCCUCCUCCUCCUCCUCCUCCUCCUGUCCACCCACGCUGGAGGUUAUUACGCUCUUCAUGCUGAUUUGGUCUGAAUGAAUAGAGGCCUUUGUUUGGCUCCAGUUCCCACGACCCGGCAUUCGCCUGGCAGUCGCGUGGCUCUAAAAAACAGGGGCCCUCGCUUUAAGGGACCCAAAGAUGGGUGGGUGGGUGGUGUGGUGUUGGGGGGGGGACACUGGUCAAUCUGACAUCUGCUCGCUAGCAGUUAACAGCAGAUGUCGGACACUUGAAGGCAGGGAGAAUGAUCAAAGCUGGCUAAAUACCCUGCAAGAGUGUCGCUCUUGGAAAACAAGUCCUCAAAGAAGAGGUGUGUGUGUGUGUCUGUGUGUGUGUGAAAGAGAAUUUAUGUGUCACUGUUUUAGUCAGAGUCAGCUGCUGCUGUAAACCUUAAAAUCAGAAUUCAAAUAAAUGUGAUAGCUGACAGAAAUGAUUUAAGAGCUUCAUCACAGAGUGAGGCCUGCUCCACACUGGACAGCCUGUAGUGCACAGAGGCGGACACACCCUCAGGUGAUUUGUCAGUCUGGUGUGUCCUCCUGUGAGCUCUGAGGGAAUGGGUUUGGCCUUUUUGCAGGUAGUGUAAUGUUGCUCCCGUGGACAAUAGGCGAGGGGCUCCCCGGAGUCAAGCACGGUAACUGCACACUCUUGUUCAGCCCUGGGAGAAGAGGAAACUACUGAGUUGUGUGCGUGCGUGCGUGUGUGUAUGCGCGCGGGCGGGGGGCCUGGAGGGUGUAGCGCAUGUUUUCAGGCUGGACAUCUGUCGCUUGUCAGUUUUUUUUUUUUCCUUCUUCUUCUUCUUUUUUUUUUUUUUUUCUAGGCCGGGUCCCUCGCUCACUGAAUGGAACCAGUGACCUGUCAGUCUUGACUGAUGGGACCCCGUGUGUGGGAAAAUCCGGCAGCCAAAGAGCUGGAGCAUUCACAUGCUAAUUGCGCCCCGAUAAAUAAGAGGGCCGUGCCGCGCCGAGGGCCCUAGAGACGCGCUGAGAUUCGGAGCAGAGCGGGCACAGGCGCACGGACACCCGAGAGGAAACAUGACUGCUUCAUCCAUGGCGCACAACGUGGGGAAACAUCCCAGUGCCAAGGAGGAGAGAAAGCUGAGGAAGCCGCUCAUUGAGAGGAAACGACGAGAGAGGAUAAACACUUGUUUGGAUCAGCUCAAAGAAACGGUGAUCGGAGCGUUCAGACUGGAUCAAUCCAAACUGGAAAAGGCCGAUAUCCUAGAGAUGACAGUGAAACACCUGCAGAACAUCCAGAGUAGUAAACUCCACGACCCCACAUUGGGCCUGGAGGCCCAGCAGAAGUACAGCACAGGGUACAUCCAGUGCAUGCACGAGGUCCACAACAUGCUCCUCACCUGCGACUGGAUGGAUAAAACUCUGGGCUCCCGCCUGCUCAACCACCUCCUCAAGUCCCUGCCCAGGUCAACCGAUGAGCGCCCCCUUCAGCCCACACCCAGACACGACGUCCCUCCCCUGGCCAGCCCGGGCACAGGGCUCCCCGGCACACCCCUCAGAGGAGACCCCCUGGCUGGGAGGCAGCUCCGUAGGGAAGGGCCCGCCUGCCAGAGGCCAGGGCUCCACAGCUCCCACCUGGGGAUGCUGGACAUGUGGAGGCCCUGGUGAACCGGUGGAUUAAUGAUCUUGGUUGUCCAUUUUUGUUAGACCAUCCUGUGUUAUGUAUCUUAUAGAUAUGCUGCUCAGAAGACAAACGUGGGGCAGUUUUGUUCCAGUGAUUAUUAUUGUAGGUGUGCUGUAAUGAUUCUAUACAGACCUUUUCUCAGUACUUCCCUUCAGAAGUUGACCUCCUGUAGCCUGCAUUAUAGAAGGCUCUUAUUAAUCUUUCGUGUAUUUAUUGUAUUAACGGCUUUAUUUAUUUGAUAUUAUAAGGCAUCAUAUGACUUUGCUUCUUAGACACUUGCUUGGCACUACAUAGUUUUUUUUUUAUAUAUGUCUUCCUACUUUUCUGUAUUAUUAACCCAAAUAUGAAUAAUAAUAAAUUGAAUACAAUGUAUUGUACACUCUCGAGAUUUUAUUUAGCUUUGUGAACCACCCUGUCCAUGUAAGAUUAGCCUGCUCUUUUCUUAGCUUUGACCUUUGACCUCUAUGGGCUAUAAAAGCAUCUUCAGGAGAACCUAACUGUUUACCUAUUAGCAUGUUUACUUAUAACCACACAAGUA